AAAAGCACUGAUAGUUUGAUAAAACGAAUUCUGACCUAACAACUAAUUGCUUGUUUUCCAAUCCACGUACCAGUAAUUCCCAGGUGUCUGCUGGAAGAGGUCUCAUCCUUUCUGGCUGAAAAAGGAAUUCCCGGAUCAAGGAACGUUACUUCGCAUACUCCACGCUGCCGACUCGACCACAGUUUCGAUUGCCAUCAACUAUGGCCAGCACUAGGUUUGUCAUGGCGGGCAGACAGUCAAGGCCGCAUGAUGGAGAACACACUGACCAAAGGCAAACCUAAGUGUCCGUUGAAGAGAGUUUCUAGGAAAGCUCUUGUGUGCGUCCCUGGGGAAAAGAUAUUUCAUUGCAAGCGAAGAACCACUCUUUCUUUUUUGGACAUCAAGCUGAGUCGCAGCGCAGCUCCUGGCCACAGGUGUCAUCAUCGGGGAAGAAACGAAGACAACAGCACAUUACCCAAUGAUCAUCGCUGCAAUGCAACCAAAGUGAUCGGAAAAAUCCUCAAACGUUGCCAGGGGAGACGGGAAUGUUGGAUCAACCUCAGUGAACGAUUCCUCGGGAAGGCGUGCGUUAGGGAAGUGAAAUUCCUUCUGGUUAAUUUCACUUGUGAUCAGAGAGAUAUCAACAUGACUGAAGAAUCAGAAAUCAAAGAAGAUCUAAUGUACAGGCGAUGGGAUGACAUGGAUCAUAUCUGCACCGACGACGACAGUGAAGAUACUAACGACGACGUAGACUUCGAUGAUGACGAUGAUGGCAUUCGCAGCAGUGGUGACAGUGGCAUGGACUCUGAAAGAGAUGAUUAUGACGGCAGUGGUGAUUUCAAUGAUGAUGACAACGACGAUGAUGACUACCUUCUAGAUGAAAAUGAUGACGAUGUUGAAGACACUUUCGAGGACGAUGUCGUCCGGCGCUUCCAGUCCAUGGAUAUCGUGAGCUCUAGCAACUUGUUGAAUGGAAUGCGCCGUGGAGUGAAGCGUGGACGGCAACAUUGCCCGCGCGUUAACUGGCUUAAAGAGCCUGACUUGUACAAGGAAUUCGAUUUUAACCCACCUUCAGUUUGUCCAAAGAAUGAACCAAUACAGUCGAAAUGCAGCCCAAACCUAUGCAAACUUGUCAAGUGUGAAGAUAGUAAAAACGUCAGCUGUAGAGUCAAUCCAUGUGGUUCCUGCAGACCAGAGUGCUAUGACGUCAAAGGAAACCGAGUACAAAGUCCACGCGCCUUAACAAAGUGUGAGAACAAACGCCUGGAAAUCAAAUACCGACACUCUGAUGAAAUAAGCGUUGUUCCGAGAUGCAAUAAAGAUGGUAGCUUUGCUGAGAUUCAAUGUAGUCCAAGGGUGAACAAAUGCUGGUGUGUUAAUGAACAUGGAAGAGAAAGGAAUGGUACUAGGCAAACGGGAAAACCAACAAAUUGCAAAGCCUCGGGUCCAGUUCUGUCUUCAUGUCAGUCAUCCGUGCAAAACAUCAAGAACCUUAAGAAGCACUUGAGGAAGAUGGCGGUAAACUACAACGAGACAGCAAAGACCUUGAAAUCCAAAGCUGAAAACAUGACCCAAUGGAUACAACAACAACCCAAUCAACAGCAAAACCAAAGCGGGCGUUACCACAAACGAUACAUCAGAUAUCAAGCAAACCGGGCAAGAAUGUGCCGCGUGGUAGCAAGAAAGACAAUGAAGAUGGUGAAGCACAUCGCUGAGCCUAAAUGCGAUGUAGACGGGAAUUACGAAAGAAUCCAGUGUGAAUCGUCAGGGAAGUGGUGUUGGUGCGUCAAUGAAAACGGAAGGAGAGUAGGAUCGAUGAAACCGCUAAAAAAGCUAAACUGCUCCCGCUCUGAUAAAGGAAGACAAAAACUUUGCCCUUCUGUGUCUAGCUUUGGAUCAGGCGUGGCACAAAAUAGACCAAGGCCAUGCAGAAACGACAAUGACUGUUCUGACUCUAAAGUAUGUUGCAAGACUAGCCAAAGCGGAGAGCGAGGUUGCGUGGAUCCGCCUCCAGAGAUGCCAGACAUCAAACCGGGAAAGUGUCCCGAGAUGCCUAAUUCCAUCAACUACUCCUGUCCAUCCAAAUGCAAGACCGAUGCAGACUGCCGAGGGGACAUGAAGUGCUGUGGAAUGGGAUGCGGCAAGAGAUGCAUUCCUGCCAACAAGCCCGUGUGCCCCAAGGGCAAGCCGUUCAAACUGUGCAUAUACGACAAAUGCCUGUCAUCUCCAGGCUGUCCCAGCCAUCCAUCAGCCUGUUGUCGUAUGAAUUACUGUGGAGGUUGCACUGCUGAAUAUUUCGAUGAAAAUGAUCGCAAAAUUGACUGUGCUAAAGCAACCCAAUGCCAGAAGCAGAGACAUGCGGCGACAGAAAAUUAUAAAAGGAAGUUUCUUCAAGUCUAUGGUAAAAUGCCACUUGGCGUUCCAGGAUCUCCUCAAGAAAGAAAUGGAACUGGGAAAGGUGAGAGACAACGAGGCAACCAGGGAGGAAGGCAAGAGGACAACCAACGUGGGCGACAAUGGAAUGGUAAUGGAAAUGGUCAGGGCGGAAUGCCAGGUGGAGAUAGCAGAGGAGGACACGAUGAUGGUCAAAGUGGCGCACCAGGUGACCCUCAACAAGGAGGAAAUGGAGGAAAUCAGGGUGGGACUCAAAGUGGAGUCCACAGUGGAGCUCCACAUAGCAGUCGAAGUAGUUCAGAUGGAAGCCAACGUGCUGGAGGAGAUAGGAGUGGCCAUGGCCAAGGCUCUGGGGGAGAUCGCAGUGACAGCAGAGAAAGGAACGAUGGUAGAAACGCUGGAGGACAAAAUGAACGAGAUAGUGGGCGUGGCCAUCAAAACCAAGACCAAAGAAGGCAGCCGGAUCUUGGUGUAUUCAUUCCAGAGUGUAAUCCGAAAGAUGGAGCCUUCUUAGUGGAGCAGUGCAACAUUACUGCUGGUGUGUGCUGGUGUGUCGAUGAAAAGGGGCAAGAAAAGCCCAAUACGCGUGCGCGUAUAAAGCCAGGAACACGAGACUGCAAGGCUGCAAUAACCAAAAGCAAUGAGCAAAGCAAAGGUGUGCAUGGGCGAAAGAACAACGGCCAUCAGAAAACAAAGAGAGUUGCGAAACUGAACAUUAGACUGAGGGCGAAUUUUGACGACAUCAUUGGGAAAGAAGAACAGUUUAUCAACAACUUUAAAGAUGAAGUGGUCAGGGUCACUAACGUCAAGAGGGAGCGAAUUCAAAAUGUUGAGAUUUCAAGGGGAAGCAUCAAAGUGCAAUUCGAGAUCGUCGAGGAGGAGGACUCGGCUCCACUUGAAGAAAUUGUGGAUAAAAUGGAGACAGAGGUGACAUCCAGGGGCUUUGUGGUCAAGAUGGACGACAAAGAAUAUCGUUCUGACGGCACAUUUCACGCUGAGGUGCGCAAUCCGCAUAACGAUGACACGGUCGACUCUGUUCACAAGCGGCAGCUGUCGUCAGUUGAGGCGAUUGCCAUUGGUUCCUGCGCGGCCAUUUGUUUACUGGGAACAGCGGUGUUCGUCUGGAAGUUCUACUGCCGUGGGAGAAAGAAAUUAGAGCCUGAAGGCUGGAAGGACAUGGUCGAAAAGAAACCUCCGGAGGUGCAGUUCUACAUACCAGAGGCUGUGCCAGCCGUGACCGCCAGCAUGACCUCUUCUUGUAAGGAGCCUUUUCCAAGGGGCAAGGCUGUCGAAGCGAUGCCGGAACCCAGCAUUUAAGCACAAUUU